AUGGCCGCGUUGACCGAUAUCACCAUGAUGUUGCUUGUCAUCCAUCUUGUCUCAUUCCCACUAAUAUCUGCUGCGUAUCCGUUUCAAAACACAUCGCUGUCAUGGGAAGAACGCGUGGACGACUUGGUGAGCCGACUCACGUUGGACGAAAUGGUCCUACAGAUGGCGAGAACCAGCCCCGCCCCUCCUAUAGAUCGGCUCGGGAUAAAGCCAUACGUCUGGAACUCAGAGUGUCUACACGGAGUGGUACCCCCCGAUGGGUUGGCUACGGCAUUCCCACAGUCUAUUGGAUUAGCUGCGUCAUUCAGUCCGGACUUGUUGAGUGAUGUUGCCAAGGCGAUCGGGUUGGAAGUGCGAGCCAAACACAACGACUAUGUACAACGCGGAGUGUACCAAGAACACACCGGAUUAAGUUGUUUCAGUCCGGUCAUUAACAUCGCAAGGCACCCACUGUGGGGAAGAAAUCAGGAGACAUACGGAGAAGAUCCUUUCUUGAUUGGUGAGCUUGGUAGUGCGUACGUACGCGGUCUCCAAGGCGACCAUCCACGGUACGUCCUCGCCAAUGCAGGGUGUAAACACUUCGACGUUCACGGUGGACCCGAAGAUAUACCCGUAUCAAGAUUUUCAUUCGAUGCCAAGGUUUUCGAGAGAGACUGGCAGAUGACGUUCUUACCAGCGUUUCAUGAAUGCGUUAAGGCUGGGGUCUACAGUGUCAUGUGUAGUUACAACAGAAUCAACGAGGUGCCUGCAUGUGCCAAUACACGCCUUCUAACAGACAUUUUACGGAAAGAAUGGGGGUUUGACGGCUAUGUUGUAAGUGACGAAGGCGCCGUUGAAUUCAUCAUGACGUCACACCACUACACUGACUCCAUCGUCGACACCGUCGCGUCUGCGGUGAAUGCGGGCUGUAACCUGGACUUAGCGUUCCCGGUCGGUGACGGCAUGUACAUCAAGAUCGGUGAUGCGGUAACAGCUGGCAAGAUUAAGGAAAAGACAGUGGUCGAGAGAGUAAAACCGCUGUUUUACACCCGCAUGAGGCUUGGGGAAUUUGACCCACCGGAACUAAACCCAUACGCCAAUUUAAACUUAUCGGUGGUUCAAAGUGAAGAGCACCGAGAGUUGGCAGUGAAGGCGGCUCUACAGAGCUUCGUUCUGUUGAACUUCGUUCUGUUGAAGCGGGAGGGCCGUGUACUACCACUGGAUACGUUGGUGAAUAAAUUAGCGGUGAUUGGUCCAUUUGCUGACAACCCUUCAUACCUGUUUGGUGAUUAUUCUCCCAAUCCCGACAAAGAAUUCGUUGUGACGCCAUGUAAAGGUCUCAGCAACGCGGCACGCGACACACGAUGUACACCGGGUUGUCUGACCGCUCCAUGCACUACCUAUUUCUCCGAGAUGGUCAAAGCUGCCGUAACCGGAGCAGAUCUAAUUGUAGUAUGUCUCGGAACAGGCGUAAAGAUAGAAGCCGAAUUUGUUGAUCGGUCUGAUCUGUCGUUGCCCGGGAAACAAUUUCAACUGUUACAAGACGUGGUAAAGUACGCUAAUGGCAAACCCAUUAUUCUUCUGUUAUUCAACGCUGGACCUUUGGACAUCGUUUGGGCUGUUGAGAACCCGGCAAUCCAGGUGAUCGUGGCGUGCUUCUUCCCAUCACAGGCCACAGGCGAUGCUCUGUACAGAAUGUUUAUGAAUACGCACGGCGUUGAUACAGGCAACGGUAACCCCGGUGGAAGGUUACCAAUCACGUGGCCGAGAUCAAUGAAUCAGGUACCACCGAUGACGAAUUACACUAUGGAAGGUCGGACGUAUCGUUACUUUAACGGAGAUCCACUGUUCCCGUUUGGAUAUGGUUUAUCAUAUGGAAGUUUUUCAUACAGUAGUUUGGUAAUAUGGCCGUCCACGAUCCCAGCAUGUAACGGAGUAAAAGUAUCUGUUACCGUGUAUAAACUCGGCCCAGGCGGAGACGAGGUUACACAGGUUUAUAUGAGCUGGAACAACGCCUCCGUUGUCGUUCCAAAACUACAGCUGGUAGCUUUCAAAAGAUUUUACCUCGAAACAAACGGAGUCACUGAAGUUCAUUUUACCAUUGCUCCCCGCAUGAUGGCGGUAUAUACUGAUCAAUGGGUGAUCGAACCUGGCGUCUACACUGUCUACGUUGGCGGGCAACAACCAAAUCAAGCCACAAAAGUACCGUCCAAUAUUUUGGAAGAAAAGUUUACUAUAACAGACCCAAUAACGCCUCUGUCUGAUUGCAAGACAGCUAAUAACAAACCAUCCCAGGGUUUUCUCCGGAAGUGA